GGUUUCUAUCGAAUGCAGCAGAGAUCAAGCAGCAUCACUAAAGAAGACGGGACAAUCCGACAGGAAUAUCGCCGAAAAUGAAGUGGAUCGUGAUAGUCCUUCUCUGUGCAGUCGCAUACGCUCAAGAAUUGUCAGAUGCAGAUCAAUCUUCCGAUUGGUAUCGCUUCCGGCGAGAGGCCGAUCCUCAAGGAUCCAUCACUUUGGACGCACAGAAACCUUUGAGUGGUCCAGACAGGCGACCAUCCUUGGACUUAAAUUACAAUCAACGAGUCUACGACAGAAACGGAGCCAAUGCAAACGCUUAUGGCGGAGUCAACGUUCGUCCAGGACAGGCCGCGAGCCCGCAUUUGGGCGUUAAUUUCGGGAAAGACUACAGGAACGGACAACUCGGUGGAUUCGUUCAAGGUCAACGCGGUCCUGGUGGCAGAAUCUCCCCCAGCGCUGGGCUCCAAGGUAGCUGGAGGUUCAGGCGUGACGUGGACGAAUCGAUGUACCUGGGAGAAGAAGAGAAGCCUCGUUUCCGGCGAGAGGACAGCACUGGUUUAAUAGCAAAAGAUCUGGCCGGAUCGAAGGACAAUCCAUCGGCGAGCAUCGGCUGGAAUCAGCGCGUCAUCGAAAGAGACGGACUGACGGGGGACGUCUUUGGUGGCGCGAGGGUCACCUCGGGGAAAACUCCGAGUCCAGAAUUCGGUGCCACCCUCAGAAAAGAUUUCGACAGUGGACACGUCGGUGGAUUCGCACGUUACGAUAAAAAUCCCCUCGGCAGCUUCUCGCCUUCUUACGGUGUCGACGGAUCCUACAAAACUGAGAACGGGUGGAGAACGGAUUUGAGUGCUUCUGAGAGACGCGAUCCAUGGGGUAAAUCGCAAAGCGUUGGCGCCGGGUUCGGGAGAGAGUUCAACAAUGGAAAUGGAUACGCUGGUGUAAUUACUGGUGCCCAGAAAAGUCCUUUUGGCGACUGGCAACCCUCUAUUGGUGCGAACGUUGGAAUGAAAUGGUGACACGACACCGGUGUCUCUCGAAUGUAUAUGAUAAAAAUCGUGGAAUUAAUAUUGUGCCAUUAUCAGAUCUAAAAACUUUCAUCUGAGUAGUUAGAUCAUCGAUUACAUCGCCGAUCGUCUCGAUUAUGUAAAACGUUUCUCUUCGAUUGCACUCGUCUACUGUUAAGCGUUUAGACUAUGAAUCCGUUUUACUAUCUGUACCUUCGACACGUUCGGUCGACCAAUUAUCACCUGUAACAACCAACCUAUUAUCGAUUCGUUGAAAUAAAUCAGUUACAGUAUAAUAA